CCCAAACCAAAUCCAAGCGCAAGAGGGGGCAAAGCCGCAAAGGGGGAGGCACCAGGCACCGGCAGCCAUUACUUACUGGUCCUCACUCCCACACCAACCAACCAACCUCCUCUGCCUGCCGCUUCUCCUGCUGCGGGCGGGCACUGCUGCAAGUACUAGAGGAGGACAUCCGCUUCCAUUACUGCGCCUGCGGAGGAUCGGAGGAACCAGUAGCGGAGGCUUCGAUUUUCGGCGGGCGCAAUAAAUUUCCCGCAUGGCUCGGAGGGCCGCGUCCUCGCUCGUCUCCCGCUGCCUCCUGGCGAGGGCCCCUGCCGGCGCGCCGCCCGCUGCCCCCUCUGCGCCGCGCAGGACAGUGCCUGCAGAUGGGAUGCACAGGCUGUUGCCAGGUGUCCUUCAGAGGUUCAGCACUGCAGCAGCAGUAGAGGAGCCCAUCACGCCGUCAGUCCAUGUGAACUACACAAAGCUCCUCAUUAAUGGGAACUUUGUUGAUUCCGCAUCCGGCAAGACCUUCCCAACUCUGGACCCUCGUACAGGGGAGGUGAUUGCUCAUGUGGCUGAGGGUGACGCAGAGGACAUUAACCGUGCAGUAGCUGCGGCUCGCAAGGCUUUUGAUGAAGGGCCAUGGCCGAAGAUGACUGCCUAUGAGAGGUCCCGUAUCCUACUGCGGUUUGCUGAUUUGAUAGAGAAGCACAAUGACGAGCUUGCUGCUUUGGAGACAUGGGACAACGGGAAGCCAUAUGAGCAAGCAGCCCAGAUUGAAGUACCCAUGGUGGCCCGUCUUAUGCGUUACUAUGCUGGUUGGGCUGAUAAGAUCCAUGGGCUCAUUGUGCCGGCUGAUGGCCCACACCAUGUACAGAUCUUGCAUGAGCCAAUUGGUGUUGCAGGUCAGAUCAUCCCAUGGAACUUUCCUCUUCUGAUGUAUGCCUGGAAAGUUGGCCCUGCUUUGGCAUGUGGAAAUACUCUCGUGCUCAAGACUGCUGAACAAACCCCUCUAUCGGCUUUGUAUAUCUCCAAAUUGUUGCAUGAGGCUGGACUACCUGAGGGUGUUGUGAAUGUCGUUUCUGGUUUUGGCCCUACUGCUGGUGCUGCUCUUGCUAGUCACAUGGAUGUUGAUAAGAUCGCAUUUACUGGAUCUACCGAUACUGGAAAAAUUAUUCUCGAGUUGGCUGCAAAGAGCAACCUUAAGACAGUGACACUGGAGUUAGGAGGCAAGUCCCCUUUCAUCAUAAUGGACGAUGCUGAUGUUGACCAUGCUGUUGAGCUUGCGCACUUUGCCCUGUUCUUUAACCAGGGACAAUGCUGCUGCGCUGGAUCUCGCACGUUUGUACAUGAGCGUGUUUAUGAUGAGUUUGUGGAGAAGGCCAAGGCUCGUGCAUUGAAGCGCGUCGUUGGUGAUCCGUUCAGGAAAGGUGUUGAACAGGGCCCGCAGAUUGACGACGAGCAAUUCAACAAGAUCUUGCGCUACAUUAGGUAUGGUGUUGACGGUGGAGCUACCCUUGUGACGGGUGGUGAUAGGUUGGGUGACAAGGGUUUCUACAUCCAGCCAACGAUUUUCUCAGAUGUCCAGGACGGCAUGAAGAUUGCUCAGGAGGAGAUAUUUGGGCCUGUGCAGUCGAUCCUCAAGUUCAAAGACCUCAAUGAGGUUAUCAAGAGGGCAAACGCGAGCCAGUAUGGAUUGGCCGCCGGCGUGUUCACCAACAGCCUGGACACGGCCAACACCCUGACGCGCGCGCUCAGGGCCGGGACCGUCUGGGUGAACUGCUUCGACGUCUUCGAUGCUGCGAUUCCGUUUGGUGGGUACAAGAUGAGCGGCAUCGGGAGGGAGAAGGGCGUUGACAGCCUGAAGAACUACCUGCAGGUGAAGGCGGUCGUCACCCCAAUCAAGAACGCCGCGUGGUUGUAGACGCUGCAAGUGUGGCCUUGUGCACGAGAACCACGUAUAUUCAUUUCCUGGUCACAUCCCCGAACAAUGUGAAGGCGUUAAUCAGAUAGAUGACGAUGAAGAAGAACAACUAUAAUAAGAUUUGCCCUAGCCUGGGUUCUCAGUUAUCUCUAAUAAGUUUUAUGGUUGGUGCCUAUAUAUUGUGCAAUUUGGUUGCUCCCUUUUAUUUUGUUUCUUUUUGAUAAGACUGUUCUAGCAACGGAUAUGCAGAGUUCAUUAUGAAAAUGCAUUUGUUAGUGUCUUUGAUGGUUAA